AUGUAAAGUUAACAAUAAUUUUAAUCAAAACAGCUUGAAUUAAAUGAAAUCAUUGAAAACAAUCCUGGGUUAGAUGAAAAAACAGACUAAAUAUAUUUUUAAUAUAUGGAUGCUUUAAAUGGUCUAAAAAAAAUAAAAAUUUAGGAUGUUUAUGAGAUGAAAAGUAUUCGUCGACCUCCACAAUUAAUUGAAAGAGUUUUAAACUUAUUAACAAUUUUAUUAAAGGAAAAUUAUGUUGAUUAGGACAAUUGGAUUGAAUGUCUAAAACUUUUAAAUGACCGUAGAUUCUUGGAUUAUUUAUUAAACUAUGAUAUCUCAUCAAUUACUGAAGAAAAAUUAAAUCUUCUUCAACCUAUUCAUACUUUCGAUGAAAAAAUAAUUUAUUCUUCCUCAUUUUUUGUAUAUUAAAUAUAUAAAUAUAUUUUGGCAAUAGUGAAACAAAGAGAGUAACCAAAGUAGAAAGUCAUCAACUAAAUUGGAUAAAUGAAAUAAGAUUUAAGAAAAUUACAAAAAUAUAUUGAAAAGCUUAAAAAAAUACUUGGAUAAACAGAAUGA